AAACAACCGAAGAAGAUUUAUAAACGUCUCUCGUAACUCUUUCUUACCAGAAGUUUUCCCAUACUUGUUAUCUUGUUACCUCGAAUAAACCUGCUGCCACCGACCUUUUUCUUCUUACCGUUAACCAUUCCCAAUAACAAUUAGGCAAGGAAGUUGCUUAUCCAAGAAGUAUCAUUUCAAACGUUGGGGAAAACCCUCUAAACGGUUUCAUUUUCAUUUUUGCUUUAUAUCUUCUUUUUUUCAAUUUCAUUUGUUGUUGGAAUUGCUUUUUUUGGUUUUAGCAUAGUCAUAACCUUCUUUAAACAUCAUGAAGAUUUCUGAACAAUUGGAACAGCUUCCUAAAGAUGAUAUCCAUUACUCUUUUGAGUUCUUCCCUCCUAAAACGACAAUCGGUUUAGACAACCUUACUGUCCGUAUGAAACGUAUGUCGAAAACUAUGUUUCCACUCUUUAGCUCCGUUACAUGGAGUUCUGCAGGAAGUUCAGCUGCCGAGUCUUUGGCGCUCUGUGCAUCUUUACAAUCAAAGUUUGGCGUUACGUCCUGUUUGCAUAUGACUUGUUCCAAUGUUGACAAGGAAAGCAUCAAGAAGAAUCUUGAUCAGGCAAAGGCCUACGGAAUUCGUAACAUUUUGGCACUCCGUGGUGACCCGCCUUUGAAAACUGAGCACUGGAAUGCUCAGAAGUUUGAGAUGGAGCACGCUGUUGACCUAGUCCGUUUCAUUCGUGAAGAGUAUGGCGACUACUUUUGUAUCGGUGUCGCCGCUUAUCCUGAGGGACACGCAGACACAAAUGUGCCUGAAUUGCAGCAGAAUGUGGACAAAGAUAUCCCAUAUUUGAUUGAAAAAGUGAGAGCAGGUGCCGACUUUAUCAUUACUCAAAUUUUCUAUGAUUCUGCUGUAUAUAUCGACUUUGUAAAGAAGCUUCGCACGCAUGAAUCCGGCGUAUUCAAAACGAUUCCGAUCAUUCCUGCCAUUAUGCCCGUCCAAUCUCUCACCACACUUCGCAGAAUGGCUCGUCUGUGCAAUUGUGUGAUUCCUCACGACUUAAUGCAGUCGUUGGAAGAGGUGAGAACUGACGACGAAAAGGUAAAGGCAAUUGGCGUGAAGCACGUUGCUCAGAUGAUUAAGGACAUCCUUAAGAACACCGAUACACGAGGCUUCCACUUUUGUACACUUAACUUGGAAAAAUCAGUGGCUCGCAUUCUCAAUGAAAGCGGUCUUUAUGAGAGACGUCUCACGGCACUUAAGGCUGUUGUUAACAAUCAAAAAGAAAACGUUGCCGAUGUCCAUAACCGCGUCGUUAUUCCUAAGAAGGAUCAUCUUCCUUCAGCCUUUGAAGGCUUAUAUAUUCGGGCUGACGACAAGCAAUUUACAAGAACGGCAGAAUUUUUUGAAAAGCAAGCCUCCAUUUCGGUUUCUGAAGGUACUGGUGCUUUAGGUCGUGAAGCCACUUGGGACGACUAUACCAACGGUCGUUUCGGUGACCCACGUUCUCCUGCAUACGGUAACAUCGAUGGUUACGGUCCCUCUCUUCACUUUGCUCCGGAAGAGUCAUUGAAGCUUUGGGGUUAUCCUGUUGACGAAGAUGACAUUACGAAUAUCUUCAAGCGUCAUGUCCUUGGGGAAACAACCGCAAUCCCUUGGAUUGAUCAGCCUGUGGAAGCCGAGACAAAAACCAUUGGUGAUAAACUCGCUAAAUUGAUCGAAAAGAAAUGGUGGACCGUCGGCAGUCAACCUGCUGUUAACGCCGCACCUUCUUCCCAUGCUAUUUUUGGUUGGGGACCUCGUGGCGGAUGGGUGUUCCAGAAAGCUUUUGUUGAGAUGUUCAUGUCUACCAUGGAUUUCGAAGCCCUGGCUCAAAGAUUGCACGACAAUCCUCAAAUUACCUAUCUCGCUGGAAACAACAAGGGAGAAUUCAAAACGAAUGCUUCGUUGGAUAGCGCCAAUGCAGUUACUUGGGGUGUUUUCCCUGGUCGUGAAAUCAUUCAAUCGACCAUUAUUGCACCCGUUUCGUUCCAAGCGUGGCGGGACGAAGCCUAUAGUAUUUGGGGCGAAUGGGCACGCCUGUAUCCCGCUGGAACGCCUUCUCAUAAACUGAUUCAGUCGUGUAUCGAUAACUGCUGGCUCGUCUCUGUCAUUCACCAUAAUUUCUUGGACGAGAACGCACUUUGGGAAGUGCUGGGUUGUUAAGCUCGGAAACCGCCCAUAUUCCCUCUGAACUUGAAUGGUUUUCCUCAACUGGACCACUUCCGCUUAGCUUCCUCUUAGACUUUGUUGCUUUAAUGACUUCGUGCCUUCUUUCCUACACCCGUAACUCAACUUACGAACUCCCAUUCAAGUCAUUAUUUAGGGUGCCUUAACAGCACCUAUUGCGAAUACAGUAAUUUCUUUUAGCUACAACGUUUUUUCGUAGCUUGUUAUUCAUGAUCCAUUCUAUCUAUAAAAAACUAAGUAACCGUGAUAUAUGAAAAUGAUUUG